CGUGGCCUGCUUUUUCAAUGCGGUUAUAUUACAUAGAUUACGGAUGAAAGCCAAAGCAAAGAACACCUGUUGAGACUAAAGCAUUCUGGUUAUAAUUUCUUGAAGUGAUCAUCAACAAUGGAGCAGGUGUUGGUCAACAUUCUGGAUGAGGUGACGAGUGACGAGAUGAAGAGAUUUCAGUGGCUCCUGAUCAGGCACCAGAGGCGUGGCUAUGAUCCCAUCAAAAAAAGCGAGUUGGAUCGCAACACAAGCAGGGAGAAUACCGUGGAGCUGAUGGUGAAUAAAUACAAAGAGAAUGGAGCUCUGGGCGUCACAAUUAAUAUCCUGAAGAACAUGAACCAGAAUACACUUGCUCACGAGUUGAAGACAAAAGCAAACAUUCUCAAAAGAGCGCAAAACGGCACUGCAAAGGUGAGCACUGCGGCGAAGAGCACUGUGGCGAAGGGUACUACAAAGGAGACACCAGCGGUGAAGAGCACUGCAAAGGAGACACCAGCGCAAAACGGCACUGCAAAGGUGAGCACUGCGGCGAAGAGCACUGUGGCGAAAGGUACUACAAAGGAGACACCAGCGGUGAAGAGCACUGCAAAGGAGACACCAGCGCAAAACGGCACUGCAAAGGUGAGCACUGCGGCGAAGAGUACUGUGGCGAAGGGUACUACAAAGGAGACACCAGCAGUGAAGAGCACUGCAAAGGAGACACCAGCGGUGAAGAGCACUGCAAAGGAGAGCACUGCCACUGUGGUGGAGAGCACUACGAAGGAGAGCAUUGUAGCGAAGGGCACUACAAAGGAGAGCACUGUGGCAAAGAGCACUGCAAAGGAGAGCACUGCGGCGAAGAGUACUGCAAAGGAGACACCAGCGGUGAAGAGCACUGCAAAGGAGAGCACUGCGGCGAAGAGUACUGCAAAGGAGAGCACUGCAAAGGAGAGCACUGCGGCGAAGAGUACUGCAAAGGAGACACCAGCGGUGAAGAGCACUGCAAAGGAGAGCACUGCGGCGAAGAGUACUGCAAAGGAGACACCAGCGGUGAAGAGCACUGCAAAGGAGAGCACUGCGGCGAAGAGCACUGCAAAGGAGAGCACCGCCAAUGUGGUGAAGAGACCUGCAAAGGAGACACCGGCGGCAAAGAGCCCUGCAAAGGAGAGCACCGUGGCGAAGAACACUGCAAAGGAGGACACUACCACUGCAAAGGAGACACCAGUGGUGAAGAGACCUGCAAAGAAGAGCACUGCAAAGGAGAGCACUGCCAAAGGCACUUGCAAAAACUGAGCCGUUCUAGAUCAAGAGGAUGGGCCAAUAUGGUAUACUUUAUUUAGGUCCAUUUACUUGUCAAAGACCAGUUAACAAUUGAGGAGGAUUGUAAAACUAUUUUCUACCCACACACUGACUGGACUCUACCCACACACUCACUGGACUCUACUCACACACUCACUGGACUCUACCCAAACACACACUGGGCUCUACCCACACACUCACGGGACUCUACUCAUACACUCACUGGAAUCUACCCAAACACACACUUGACUCUACCCACACACUCACCGGACUCUACCCACACACUCACUGGACUCUACCCACACACUCACUGGACUCUACCCACACACUGACUGGACUCUACCC